ACGAGGGGAGGGGAGUUUGUUUGAGAGUGAGAGAGAAGAGACAAGGAGCUUAUUUGUGAGAGUGAGAGAAGAGACAGUGUGAGAUCAAGGAGCAGGCAGGGAAGAACAUCCAACUUUCUAGCUUCAAACACCAUGCGCUUCCUCUACCUUGCCCUCUCUUUGCUUCAAGCUUUUUCUCUUGCCUCAGCUUUCGUCUCCUUCCCGACAACCUGCCCUUCAAGACUCACGAGGAGAAACUUGAGGACGCUCUCCAUGUCCAUCACGGAGCCAAGGCCUCCAUCUACUUCUGUGGGCUCCGAGAGGUCCAGGCCAAGAGAAGUCCAGGCUGACGUCGUUUACAACUUUGCGUUCGGGAGCAACCUCAGCCCAGACAAGCGCAACUCCCGAGGCGCCAACGGCACUGCCAUCACCACCAAGUCGACAUGCCCAGCAUAUGUCGAGGGAUUCAGAUUGGCCUUCAACAUGCCCAUGUUCCCCCCACUCGAACCCGGCAUGGCAGCGCUGACCAGUGCAACAAGCGACGAAUGCUGCCAUGGGCUGCUGCUGGAGCUGGGCAGGGAGGAGUAUGAGCGCUUGUGGCUGUCGGAAGGAGGGUCAGCUGCCAAGCCGCCAUACGACGAGACCGUGGUGCUCGCUAAGACGUACGACGGGAGGGAAGUGAAGGCUAUUGCUUUCACUGCUUCUUCUCACUCGGCCAAACCGUAUGAGCUCCCGCCGUCAGCUCGUUACAAGGACAUCAUGCUCAAGGGAGCGAGAGACUCCGGACUUGCUCCUGCAUGGAUCGACUAUAUUCAAAACAUCCCCAGUUCCAACCCUACCAAGAUCCUACAGCUUAUCUGCGCAUGCUACCUUCAAUUCUCUAUCUUCUUGUUCCGACAGGGCGGAGGCUUCGCCAGGGACAGAAAAGGCUGGAUAGGAAGUCUUGCUCGGGCCAUGUCCGCGGGCUACAGAGCAGCUCUCGUGUCUGUAUAUCGACAUGUCGCAUGGCAAGGGAGCUUGAGGCUUAAGCCCUUUCGAGUUGUGGGUCCCAGCUCUGAGGCUAACUCGGAAGCUACACCGUCUCUCCUCCUGCAUACGAUGAGGCUGAUGGCAGCUGAGGUGGCUCUCUCAAUCUUGCUUCUGCCAGGAGCCCUCAUGGGCAUUCUCAUUCGAGCCAUCCGGACCCUUCAAGGCAAGCCCAUGUACUCCUUCGGCCCUCCCAGCAAGAAGUGA